AUGAUGCCCGAGCCGCGCAGGAGCUGCCCGGCCCCGGCGGAAGGCUCCGGGCAUUGCCAGGCGGAGGGCUCGGCACAGUAUGGUGUGAGCUAUCAGUGUCUUUUGCGGCAAAACCAAGUGCUGCUCACCGCCCUGGAGGAGCUGCAGUCGCGGUGUGCCGGCCUGAAGAAGGAGAACAGCCUGCUGCGCAAGAGUUGCUUCCCAGAGACACAGGAGAAGGUGAAGCACCUGAAGAGGAAAAACGCUGAGCUGGCCGUCAUAGCCAAGCGCCUAGAGGAGAGAGCCAGGAAGCUGCAGGAGGCGAACCUGAGAGUUGUAAACGCGCCAGUAGCUGUGAAGGGCUCCUGUGCUGGGCUUUGCAAGAAAGCGCUGGCCCGCCAGCGUGCGACAGACCUGAGAGAGCAAGCCAGCGUGCUCCUGGCCAAAGAGAAGCAGAUCUGCGUUCUCCAGCAGGAAUGCCAAGAGCUGCAAGCGAAAGUCAUGACCCGAAAGGACGGCCCCCCUUGCCUCCCUCUCCCAGACUUCCACCAUCUGCUCCGGGAGUCUCAGAAGGAGGUGUUGCGCCUGCAGAGACAGAUUGCGCUGAAGAAUUUCAAGGCCUCUCUGAGUUCCGGGAGCCGAGGGCCAGGUGAUGUUUCCUCGGCCGCCAAGACAGGGUUACCUGGGACAACCGGGCCCUCUUUCCCCGGUGGCUGUUCUCCUUCCAGCCAGCCGCCAGCAGGAGAAGAGUCGUCCUCGGCAGUGGAAGCAACUUGCCAGACAGGCCCAGGAGCGCACUCAUGUGAUGGAGAGGAAACCCUCCCUCUCAAGAAGGUGAUCGCUGCAUCCCCUGAGAUCAAACAACAGAUCCAGCAGUUGGAGUCUGAGCUGAGAAAGAAGCGGAAACAGUGUGAAAACCUUGAACAUGAAGUGAGGAAGAAACACAAAAGAUACGCAGAGCUUGAAAUUCAGCUGCAGGAAGUGCGGAGCGACAAUGCCCAGCUGUCUGAGGAGAACGCCGUUCUUCAUAGGCAAGUGGAGUGGACCGAGAAGAUCGAGUCUGAAAAUGCUGACUUGAGGCUGCGGGUGGCCGUGGUGACGGAGGAACGGGAUUCAGCUCUUCAGAAAUCUCAGGAUCUCCAAAACAGGCUGGAGAGUCUUGGGCAGGCGUUGAAGCACAUGAGAGAUGUCGCAGAACGGAGGCAGCAGCUGGAGCUGGAGCAUGAGAAGGCCCUGCAGAACUUGCAGAAGAAGCAGGAUGAAGUCCGACAACUCCAGCAGGCCCAGGCUGAAGCUCGGAAGGAGCACGAAGGAGCCGUGCAGCUGUUGGAGAGUUCCUUGGAUUGCAUGCAGGCCCGCGUGAGAGAGCUGGAGGAUCAAUGCCGUAGCCACACAGAACAGUUUAACUUCCUCUCUCAAGAGCUCCGGCGUUUCCACCUGCAAACUGGGAAAAGCGGUCUUCGGUCGUCCUCUCCCUUGGUGGCAUCUGAGGUCCCCCUCACUGCCUGCCCAACGUCUCCACAGCUCCUGGAUGGCCGCAAGGAGAGAGAUCCAGAGAUCGUCCCUGUGGCUCCCCAAUGCAGCAAGAAGGGUCACAAUGAAGGAGUUGGAGGAUUCUCUCCCAGGGCACCUCAGCACACCAAUCUCGCGGUACCCGUGGUCGCCAGAAGUCCGGAUUCAAGCACCCCUCCUGUCGCCUCAAGGAAGUCGGUCAAGCAACUGGAGUCCCAGUCCAGCUCCUCGAGAUCUGAGUCUGUGCGCAAUAGUUCCAAAUCCUGCGCCACUCCCGAGCUGGACACUGCCAGUGAGAUGGAAGAGCUGGACAUCGAUAGCGUCUCGCUGAUCCCAGAGCUGGAGCACCAGGGUCCAGUGAAGCUCCACGUCUUUUUAGUGCGAUACAGCUACAACCCUUUUGAUGGUCCCAAUGAGAACCCCGAGGCCGAACUCCCGCUGACAGCUGGUGAAUAUAUUUAUAUUUACGGAGAAAUGGAUGAAGAUGGCUUCUUUGAAGGAGAGCUGAUGGAUGGCCGGAGAGGCCUGGUCCCUUCCAACUUCGUGGAACGCAUUUCCGAUGAAGACCUCGUCACCUUCCUGCCUCAGGAGCUCAAUGACCUCUCUCAAAGCUCUCCCCUUGAGAGAAGUUUUCUCAGCAUGAGCCUCAGCAGCGGGGAGAGAAGCGAUUAUUCGGCUGAGGAGCUCAGCGCCAGUACAGCGCCUUCCAGGCUGGAAGGGGGCCAGGAAGAGCUUGGUGAUCCCACAGCAGUGCCUUACCCCAGGAAGGUGACUCUCAUCAAACAGUUUGGCAGCAGCAUCCUAGUCGGCUGGGAACCUCCCCUUCUGCCCGCCGGCUGCUCGGACGUCCAAGGCUACAACGUUUACGUGGACACAGAGCUUCGGCAAAGCAUGAAGUCCGGGUCCCCAAUGAAAGCUGUCCUGGAGAAGCUGGACUUGAAGACGAAAGCCUACCGCGUCUCGGUGCAAAGCGUCUCGGAGAAGGGGAGCUCGGAUCGGCUGAGGUGCACAUUUCUGGUGGGACACGGCGCUGCCUUGGCCCCUGCGCAGCUCCAGAUACGGAACCUCACGGCCACCUCGGCAGAGAUCUCCUGGCUGCCUGGCAACAGCAACUUUUCCCACGUCGUGUCCCUCAACGGGGAAGAGUGCAACACAACAAAGGCAGGGGUCUACUGGUACACCUUCCGCCACUUGAACCCGACCACUUCCUAUGUCGCCACAGUGGAAGUCCAGCUUCCGCAGGUGCUCUGGGAACCAACUCCAGAGAGGCAGGAACAGCCGUUGUGGGCAGAGAUCCACUUCGUAACAACUUCAGCAGGGUCUCCGGAUGCCCCACUGGAUGUCCGAGUGGAGCCAGGUCCCUCACCUGGGAUUCUGGCCAUCAGCUGGUUACCAGUCACCAUUGAUGCAGAAGGAUCGUCGAACGGGGUGCGAGUCACGGGCUACGCCGUGUAUGCCGACAGACGGAAGGUGAUGGAAGUUACCUCCCCAACAGCUGGCAGUGUCUUGGUAGAUAUUUCCCAGCUGCAGAUCCUCCAGGUGUGUCGGGAGGUAUCUGUAAGGACGGUGUCUCUUCAUGGAGAAUCAGCGGAUUCAGUACCAGCUCAGAUCCCAUCGGCCUUGUUAGGAGAUGUUGGCCGUUCUCCUCCAUCUGUGCCGAGCUAUCUCACCUCUCCGCUUCUAUGUGGGGAGACUGGGGCUCCUCUCACCCUGCAGCCCCCCCAGGAACAUAGCGCAGACCCAUCUUCCAGGGGUGGUAAUCCCGUUGCCAAAUUCACCUCCAAGCCUAAUGCCAACAGUGAGGGUUCUGUGAAUUCUUCACUCACAGAGAUGUCCCCAAGCAACCAUUCCGCUCCUACCAGGCCUCCUUCAACUCACGUCCCUCAAGCACCAACGAUAGAAUCGGGAACCGCACCAGGAGAGGAAGGGGAAUCCUUUGUGCCAGUUGCAAACAGUGUAGCAGCAGAAAAUCUGGCUAAGCCCAGGAAGGAACCUGGAGAAGAUAACCAGGAGCCUCUCCUUGUGGACGAAGAACCAAAGCCAGAGACGCCAGGCAGCGGUGCUGGCAACCCAGAGGCGUGCAAAGCCUGCUUUGUGGGGCAAGGGUCGAAAGAGCCAUUGCCUGAAAGUGGGGCUGAAGACACUCCAAGCUGCCUGGGCACAAAGAGGCCGCCCCCAGGAGAACACGCCGCGCAGAGAGAGGACGGCUCCGGAGACACGGGCCAAAGCGGCAAGCAAGGCCUGGAAUUCUUCACCGGGACUUUGGGGAGGAAGCUGUUGAAAGAAAUUCCCAGGGACGACUCCGCCCUGACUGCGCCUCGGGGAGAAAAGAGACUGGAACCCGGAAAUCGUCCGCUAAAUCUCCUUACUGACCGAGGAUCUGACCUCUCCGACAUUAUGGAGGAAGAAGAGGAGGAGGAGGAGGAAGGAGAGAACCGUCAGGCAAGCGGGCAAGGGGAAUCGAAAUGGGACGCAUUGGAACAGCACAGCAGAGAAAAUGGAGAGAAGUGCCUGGUCUCUGGGGCCGGAAUGCAGCUGGACCCGGGCGACACUGAUAGCGACGAGGAGAUCCUGGAACGGAUCCUGGAGAUGCCCUUGCAAAAGAAAUGCAGCAAAGCCCUUUUCAGCAUCCCGGAAGUGACCGAAGAAGAAGAGGAGGAAGACUGGGAGCAUAUGCCGAGGAAGAACCUUUCGGCCCCUACAGAGAAGGCUACGGAUUGCCUCCCGGAGAGGCGGCCAUCGUGCGAUACCAGAAGGACGAAGCCUCUUCCUCCUGUGAGUUCCCAACAGGGGUGUUUGCCAAAAAGAAACCAGGUUGUCCUGGACCAUAUCUUGCUGGAAAGAGACCUGCCUCGGAAGCUCAGAGGAGAAAAUAAUGUUAAUGAAGAUAAUGUUAACGAAGCACCGGUUUGCCCUGAAAUAUCCAGCAGGUGGAAUUGGGAGAGUCAAGAGAAGAGGCUGAGGUCUACUGGAACAGGAAGAACCUCCCAGUGGAAGAGACCUAGUCAAAAUAAAGAGAAGGCCCACAGCCAAGCCCAGGCGAACCAGAUGAGAAAAGGAGAUGUCCGAGAGCACAGGCGCUCCUUGCUGGGCAGUUCCCACCAGAGUGGGGGAGGGGGCCUGUACCGUACCCAGAGCCUGAAGGAGAAUUUGGACGUGAUAACCAGCCUGGGGCUGGAGGAAGCGGCAGAUCUAUACAGCUGGGCCAGGCCAAGGACCUACCAAGCAUCUCCAAAUAGGACAGCGGCCCAUGAGGUAGGGGGGAAAGGCCUCCGAGGCCUACCCCUCUGUGUCAGCCCAGAAAGUUUGGAAAUUGACAUUGAGUACGACUCCGAAGAUGACCAGGAUCUGACCAUGACUUCCACCCCGGUGAGCCAGCUGAGUUCGGACGGGAGGGCCGACGGGUCCCCCACAGACUGCGAGGACGGCUGGAGCGACUGCUCCAGCCAGUCGGAGUCCAUCCGGUCCAGCGGCCCGAGAGAGCUGAAGAGAAGCAGCAGCUUGGAGGACGAGAGCAUGGAGUGGGUCGGGUCCCCGAGCCGCUCCCCGGGGCACCGCUGCUGGGAGAAGAGGGCCUUGUUCGGCUCGGAGGAACGGAGCCGGAGCCUCGAGCGGAACCCCUCUCUCUGGAGAGCCGUGCCUGAGCGCCGCUGGAAGGGGGGGACGUUUACGUCGGCGCACACGCGGGUGGCAGGUAACGGGGAUCCCGAGUCACCAAACUCAAUAUCCUGGCAGGCCUCUACCAGAAGAGGCCGAAGGCCCCAGAGGAAGAGGCACGAAGUGGCGCUUCACACUGCUGGUUCUGGCUCUUGGAGAAGUCCCCCCUCUAUAACAAUGGACGACGGGGACACCGUUCGGCUCUUUGUGGCCCUCUUUGACUACGACCCCAUUUCAAUGUCUCCUAAUCCGGAUGCUGCAGAAGAGGAACUCCCGUUCCAGGAGGGCCAAAUUCUAAAGGUCUAUGGCCACAAGGAUGCUGAUGGUUUCUACAGAGGAGAAAGCGCCGGGAGAGUGGGGUACAUUCCAUGCAACAUGGUCUCCGAGGUCCAGGUGGACAGCGACGUGGCCAGGAAGCAGCUCUUACAAGACGGUCACAUUCCUGCCAACAUGCUGGCGGAAAGCCUAGCAAUACUUGAGGGCCAGGAUCUCAGCUCUGAAGAGGAGGCUUCCAAAACGAUGGUGGCCAUCUUUGACUACAAUCCGAAGGAAAGUUCUCCCAAUGCGGACAUGGAGGCUGAGCUGAAGUUUUGCGCUGGGGACAUUGUGACUGUAGUUGGCUCCAUGGAUGUCGACGGGUUCUAUUUUGGGGAGGUCAACGGGCAGAAGGGGCUUGUGCCGUCCAACUUUCUGGAAGCCCUGCCAUCCGAUGGUGUGCUGCCUGGUGAGCCAAGGCUUGGAAGGCAGAGAACAAGGAAGAGAAGAGUCCAGUGACAGAAGCGAGGCAGACAGCCACAGAGGGAGAGACCGAGAGAGACGGAUUGAAAUUAU